AUGGAUCGCCAUGCUGAUGAGAAUGAACGGUUUAUAGAAGAGAUAUCUGCUAUUCUAUAUGGUCCUACUGUUGAGAGUUUGGUGGUUGCUAAAGUUGAGAAAACUGAGAAAGGAUCUAGGGGUAAUGAGAUAGUCGCCAAGGAGGUUGAAAAGAAAGAUGCACCAAGUGUUGCUCUUCCUCUUUAUAGUCCUCCACUUCCAUUUCCACAAAGGGUUUUUACAAAAGCAAAAAAGAAAGUGCUCUCAAGUUUUAAAGCUAAUAUGAGUAGAGUUGGACCACAUUUCCCUUAUGUGGAUAGCUUGUCUCAAGUUCCUCUCCAUAUAGACUUCAUCAAAGCUAUUCUAGCAAACAGAGAGAAGGUGGAAGAAAUCAUGGGAAUAUUUGAUUCACCAAGUGAACAACAACCCAGACCAAAAACACUUUCCAAGCUUGAAGAUCCAGACAGAUUUACUAUACCUUGCUCACUUGGUGUUUUACAACUUGAUGAUGCCUUAUGCGAUUCAGGAGCAAGUGUUAAUAUAAUGUCACUUGAGAUUGUAAAGAGUCUUGGGAUCAAAGACAUGAAGCAGCCCUUUUCUUCCAUCAUGUUUGGAGAUGCUCCAUCAAUAUCAUGGUUCGCUGGUUUGGACAUCGGCUAG